UACUCCCUUGUAUUAUCCUCUAAAUUAGAAACAGCUAAGAAGUUCAAACAUUGGAUUAUCUCACAAGUUCUACCUUCGAUAAGAAAAUAUGGUUUUUAUAAAAUGUUUGACAACCCAAAUAACAAAAUGUUUAAGAUAGAAAAUGAAACAGACCUUCAUUACAAAGUAGUUCAACUAAUUAGAAAUUAUUAUCCAGAUUCUAUAUUAGUAGCUGGAUUGGGAGAGAAUCAAGAUACAGAGGAAAAAAGACUAGACUCAUAUAAAAAAGGAUAUCAACGAGGACAACCAGAUCUAAUGAUUCUAGAUUAUCACAGGGAAUAUAAAGGUCUCUGUAUUGAAUUUAAAUCACCAACU